UCAUAACCAAUGAAAAUGGCAUAUAAAGGAAAACAUGUGAAGACUAACUAGAACCUCAUCAUGGCUCACAUGUACUGAAGUCUGAAUGACCAGCUAGAGGAGAAAACUUUUCUGUAGCAAGCCCUAGGAGAAGGGGUUAAAAAAAAAAUGAAUUUCACAAACUGUACAACAGAAGCCAGUGUGGCCAUUAAAUCCAAAUCAGUCACAGAGAAGAUGCUCGUUUCUAUGACGUUAGUGGUCAUCACUACCAUGACUACGCUCUUGAACUCAGCAGUCAUUAUUGCCAUCUGUACCACCAAGAAGCUCCACCAGCCGGCAAACUACCUAAUCUGUUCUCUGGCCGUGACGGACCUGCUGGUCGCCAUUCUCGUCAUGCCCUUGAGCAUCACCUACAUUGUCAUGGACAGCUGGACUCUGGGUUACUUUAUCUGCGAGGUUUGGCUGAGCGUAGACAUGACCUGCUGUACCUGUUCCAUCCUCCACCUCUGUGUGAUUGCCUUGGAUAGGUACUGGGCUAUCACCAAUGCUAUCGAAUAUGCCAGGAAAAGAACAGCAAAGAGGGCUGGAUUGAUGAUACUCACUGUGUGGACCAUCUCGAUUUUUAUCUCCAUGCCUCCUCUGUUCUGGAGAAGCCACCGUCUUCUCAGUCCUCCGCCUAGCCAGUGCACCAUCCAGCACGACCACGUCAUCUACACCAUUUACUCCACACUCGGGGCGUUUUACAUUCCCUUGACUUUGAUCCUGAUUCUCUAUUAUAGGAUCUACCAUGCUGCCAAAACUCUUUACCAGAAACGUGGCUCGAGCCGCCACCUGAGCAACAGAAGCACCGACAGCCAGAACUCCUUUGCAAGCUGCAAGCUGACCCAGACCUUCUGUGUGUCCGACUUCUCCACUUCAGACCCAACCACAGAAUUUGAUAAAAUCAACACCUCCGUCAGGAUCCCCCCCUUUGACAAUGACCUGGAUCAGGCUGGAGACCGCCAACAGAUCUCCAGCACCAGGGAACGAAAGGCUGCUCGCAUUCUGGGUCUGAUAUUAGGGGCAUUCAUUUUGUCCUGGCUGCCAUUUUUCAUCAAGGAGCUAAUCGUGGGGCUGAGUAUUUAUACUGUGUCAUCCGAAGUGGCUGACUUUUUGACGUGGCUUGGUUAUGUGAACUCUCUCAUCAACCCUCUGCUUUACACAAGUUUUAAUGAGGAUUUUAAGCUAGCCUUUAAAAGGCUCAUCAGGUGCCGGGAACAUUCCUAGAGUGGUAGAAAACCAAGUGUCUUUGGCCAGCCUUGUGAAUGCACAAAGGGCAUCAAAAAAAAAAAAACCUUUUAAAGACAGUUUGUAGUUUGUGGGAGCGGGGAAAAGGGGUGCAGCAGGGUGUUAUGUGUUACUCUUCUUUUGGGGGUUUCUGACAUUCAGUAUGCUGUUUUCUACCUCUGGUGUUAUGUAAGGUAUGUAAAAUCAAGUCAACUUGAAACCAAAAUGGAAAUCUUCACCAACAUAACCAAAAGGAAAAUAAUGCAGUAUUUAUUUUAACAGUCCCAGUUACUCCUGUUAUCAGUGAAUGAAAAAAGAAAAUCCCUUUUAUUUAUAGGAAUUUUUUGGUGAAUUCUUUUGUCUGUAAACAGCCAAACCAGUGUCUGACUAUUUGCCCUUGAGUGGCAUAAAACUUGAUCUUGUGUGUCUAUAUACAUACAGAUCCAAGCGGUGACUGUAUGAUUGUACAUAAAGAAUAGAGAGCACUCUCUGUCCUGUUAACCCCUGCUUGCAACCCUGAGCUGAAAGCAUUCACCAUGGCACAACUACCUAGCCUAUCAACUGCAGAAGCAAGAAACCCCUAUUUCCCAUGCUCCACAAUAAAAUAAACCAGCUCAAUUUUCAAAA